UUAUACAUUCCGUAUACUUUCAGCAUCAUCUUUAAACAGUCAGCUGGAAUCAUAUAAAUUAAAUGAUUUGGAAAGCAGACCAAACAUCACGCUGAAAAAAAUGGGACAAGAGUUAGACAUGGCAGAGACAAAAUGUCUUACAAUAAAAUCCGAAUUAAGUUACAUGAUGGAUGUCUGCCAAAAAGGACAAAUGGAAGUGAAAGAGAGGAAAGGAACGCCCACUGUCGAACAAAUCGCAUCGCUGUUCAAGAGCCCAAGCUCAAAGUCCUCCGUCGAGUAUUACAAUUGUAAAUUUAAGUUUACACCUGCCAAUAAAACUCCAAACUGCAACAGCCUUCGCAGGCUACACAACAUCGAGCAGAAGGCUGAGGAAAAUUCCAGUAAACCUGGCGUUCUUCGCGAAGCAGCCUGUACAUCUAAAUAUUUAUAUUUCCAUAGAUCCUUCCACUCUAAGCCCAAAAUCUACUCAGUUGUCACCCAGAAAAAACAUCGACGACGACGACAACGGCGACGAUACGGCAAAGUGCGAAAUUUUGAAGGAGGAAACGCAAAAAGGAUUGCUGAAUGUCACGAUUACUCCGAGGAGUCGGUUAAAUAAAAUGCUUUCUCUUAAAAGAUGCGUGAAUCAAGUACGAUGUCUUUUAAACGUCUCUAAGACAUCUAUUAAUAGUCGUCACUUGAAACUUUCUCGCGUGAAAUAUUCAGAU